GAAAGCAUCAGUUCAUUUUACAACGUCUUUCUUUUAUUUUUGCUUUCUUAUAUCCAACAUGAAUUUCAAGAACUGACCCUAACUCACCCUAACCAAAAUUAUUUAUUCAAACUUUAUGACAUUGUCCAUUAUCUAACUACUACCAGUCUCAUUUAAAUCCAAAAAAGCCAAGAACCCCAAACAAGAAAAACCCAUCAAAAUUGACAAACAUCAAAUGGCUGCCACCCUUGCAUCAUCAUUUGUCAACAUCUUCUCAUCAUUGAAUUUCCCAUCAAAUUUACCCACUUUUUUUCAACCUUUUUCUUCUACUCCCUCUCUAAAUUUCUCCGGCAAACUCCCCAAAUUUGACUCUAAAACACCCAAUUCAACCCAACUACGGCAGAAGCAGGCGACGGCUUCUGCGACGGCUGCAAUCAUGUUCCCGGAAAAUCCAUUAUUGAGUGAUGUUUGUGGGUUUCUUAUAACAGCAGUUGUUGCUCGUACUACGCUUGGAAUUUGGGAGUUGACUGCUAAAUUCGACGUUUUUGACUCGAAACUGAACAGGAAGCUUGUGCAUAUCAGUAUUGGGCUAGUUUUCAUGCUUUGCUGGCCACUAUUCAGCUUUGGGUAUCGUGGUGCAUUAUUCGCUUGUCUUGUUCCUGGAGUCAAUAUCAUUCGCGUGCUUCUUAUUGGACUUGGGAUCUACAAAGAUGAAGCCACUGUCAAGUCAAUGAGCAGAUUUGGAGACUACAGGGAGCUUCUCAAGGGACCUCUUUACUAUGCAUCCGCCAUCACUUUUGCUUGUUUCUAUUUUUGGAGGACUUCCCCAAUCGGGAUUGCAGCAAUUUGUAACCUAUGUGCUGGAGAUGGUUUGGCUGACAUUGUGGGGAGAAGAUUUGGAAAGGAUAAACUUCCUUACAAUGAAAACAAGUCCUAUGCUGGCACCAUUGCUAUGGCAAUUGCUGGAUUUGUGGCCUCAGUCGGGUACAUGCAUUAUUUUUCCUUGUUUGGGUUCGUGCAAGAAAGUUGGGAUAUGGUGCUUCAAUUCUUGGUUGUGUCCCUUAUUAGUGCACUUGUGGAGUCACUCCCCAUAAGCACACAACUUGAUGAUAAUCUCACAGUUCCACUCGCUUCAUUUUUGGCUGGCAGCCUUCUCUUUUGACGUCAUAAGCAUUCUUUGUAUGUGAGUGCAGUUAUUGACUUGCUUGCAUCGGAUCUUAGUAUUGUGUAUCCUUUUGUUCUUUAUUGAAUUGCUUGCUUUUAGUACACUGAAAUUCCACGAUUGAUUUGUAGUUUUGUACUAUAUUAGUGUUGUAGCCAAGAAAUAAUACAGGGGGGCAAACGCAAAACCUGCUAUUUAGGAUAUGUAUGUGUAUCUAUUAGAGGAAUAUGUAUUCUAGAUGUAACAUUUCAUGUAAUAAAUUUGCCAAGAAGUUGUUCUUCAAUUGAGUUAAUGUCUUCAUUGA